AUGGCAUCAAACACCAGCUAUGAUGAGGAUAAGGAGAAUUGGAGGGAAAGAGCUGAGGUGGUCACCAAGCUGUCGCAUCAUGCUUACCUGGAGUAUGCGUCUGAGGUGAUAGAGGAAGCUGUCAGGAACGUCACAGUGCUCAGGAACAAGACCAAUAUACCACAGAGCUCUGUGACUCUGGGCACUCCUCAGCUCAACAAACUGAAACUAGCUCAUCUCAUGCGAAAUCCUGGCAUAAUGCAGCAACAACAUCAUCAGCAGCAUCAGUUGAACUCUGGUGCUGCUGUAGCAGCGGCGGCUGCCGGUGCUGCUGCCACCUACAACGCACUGCACCACCACCACCAUCACCACAACCACCAGCAACAACAGCAACAACACCAUCGGUGUAACUUGCACUCGCUCUUCUGCUCGCAUCCUUCGAUGCAGCACCAGUACCAGAUGGCCGCGGGAUGUUUUGGCCCGCCACUCGUAGCUCCUCAUCACCCAGCUGCUUCAGCUGGACCUCACCACCACCUGCUGCCGCCCCCACCCUCCCACGCACCCCCCAUCUUCGGGCAGCUGGCGCCUCAGAUGCCCGGUGCCAUCGCUGCUCAGAUGCCCCAGCUGGCGCCCUCAGCCCCCCCUCCCCUGCAGUCACACCAGCUGCCUCCUCCACCAUCUGUCACCGGCUCGGCGUCUCAUCAUCCUCCUCCACAUCACCACCAUCAUCAUCAUCCUCACCAUCCACAACACCAACCGCCACCACCACCGCCACCACACCACCACCAGGCUGCACUCGUCACGCCUUUCCCACCUCUCCCGCCUCCACUCCACGCCCUUCACCACUCGCAUCUCCUUCCUGAAUUAAUACGGUGGGGGGCGCAGCGAGGAGGUCUCAACGCCGCCACCAGGAGAGCGGGCGGCGGGUGGCGGACCGCCGCCGCUGCCGUCGUCGCGGCCGCGGGUGCCGUGCCGGGAGGUGGCAUGGGUGGAGUUCCCCUUCCUCCCCAGCCAGCAGGUCACGCCCCUCAAGGCCCCCCUCAGGGCCCUCCCCUCGGUCCCCUCGGUCCCGCACAGGCCUCAGCAGCGGUGGCUGCAGCCACGGCCUCCUACCCCGGGAUCCUCCUGCACUUCUUAGCGAUGUUGAGUCAGCCGACAGCCCUGCACACCCUGAGCGCCGUGGAGCAAGUGUCAGCCGAGGUGCAGGACCCUGAGAACUACGAAGCUCUGCUGCACCUCGCCGAGCGUCUGGGAGACGCUAAGCCACGAGGCCUCAUGCGCCAUGCCAUCGACCAGCUCCCUUCAUACAGGUACACCGGAGAGAAAUGCGACACCAAGCAGACGACGUGCGUCGUGUGCAUGUGCGACUUCGAAGUGCGCCAGAUGCUGCGCGUCUUGCCUUGCUUGCACGAAUUCCAUUCCAAGUGUGUCGACAAGUGGCUCAAGAGUAACCGCACGUGUCCCAUCUGCCGCGGCGACGCAAGUGAAUACUUGAAAGAAGGAACUUCUUCGGAGUAGCGCUUUGUUCAAUAACUAAUUUAUCCUGUCUUUGUGGUCACCUUGCUUCAUCACAACAUGUUUUGAGGAAUAAUUCCGCUUAUCUCUGGGUGUAGAACACGCCACUCUUCGCGACGAGAUAGUCUUGCUGCUUCUCACGAGGUUUUCAGUGUUCAGUUUGACUUCCUGGUUUUAGAAUAAUAUUGGCUGGUUUGCGUUCGUUUUGAGUGGAUGUUAGCACUCGAAUAUUUAUCGACAGUUGAAAUCUUAUUUUAUUCAUGACAUUUAAAUCUCUUUCAUUAUAUCUUUUAGUUUAAUUUACACCCAUCUAGGAAAUGUUAGACAUUGCAUUGAGUUUGGAUCUUGCGCGUCACGUUGCGCUUGUUCAAUUAUUCGAUGAACCGGCCGCCGUCUCGUCCGCGUCUUGCUGCCUCGCUUGCCCGCACUUCAAUUCUUACUCUCACCAAGAGAUUAUAGUUUGAGUCGUGCAUCCGUUCGCCUAACUCGAUAAAUCUUUUCUGACAGAUUAUUCAGUACUGAAAUACCAGUGAUUUUUGGCCUUACGAGUUUCUGAUUUUGUGAUUUUGGCCUUUAGUUUCUGGAUGACGUUGUGCAAAUUUACUCAAUUCAGGUUCGUCAAAUAUAUGACAGCGAUUUUUUCAUCACAAUUAUCGUUGUUUGAUAUAUCAUUGAUUGAUUAAUAACCAAUUUUUAGGCGUCGUUUCCGCUGCAAGAUCCUCGCUGAACACUCGACACUUUCCCAAAAUCAACACCCUUGGUACUUGCCUGGACAUGAGAUCCUCGCGUGAUUGCUUCACACUUAUUACUAGCGCUUCCACUUCUCGUUCCUGGUUCAUCCUUGUUGGUUUGGCGAUGUGUCUGCAUUCUUAGAUGAUUUUUGCUGCUAGUUUUUGCUAGCAUUUUCACAAGUUAACUAAUAGUUUUGUGGUGUGUUUGUUAGUGUUUACUUCAUGUAACGAAAGUUUGUCUUUAAUCAUUCUUAUUUCGAAUUUAUAAAGCUUUGCUUGUAAGUUCGUUGCUCGUCGUGGUUAUUGCUCUUAAUAUUUGUGGUUUUGUUCUAUAAUCCCUAGGAUUUUACCCCUUCAUUCCAUAUGGCGUCAGCGCUGCACAUUAAUAUGUGGUAGUUUAACUGCCCAGUUUUUGGCUUUGCAUGCUCAAUAUUAUCGUCAUUAUUACUACUAUUGUUACUCUUAUUCCUGUGUUGGCAACGGAUAGUUCGUGUUGUCUCUCUAGGUUACAGUUGCAUUCUGUUUUCUUUAUGGACCCGGUAAACUAAACGGCUUUCAUUCUUGUAUCACUUUGUUCUCUCUUGACUUGGCGAAUUUGUACUUUGCGUUUUAAAAGGAAGCAGUGCUUCGCUAUUCUUUUAUAAUUUCUGACAGUUUCUCACCAGUCAUUCAAGUCUGAUUUUCUACCGCUCUUAAUGCAGCCUGCUGUAUACGAAUCAAUUGCUAUAGUUUCUAAGAAUGACUGUUUUAUUUCUGUAAUUAUGUUAGGGUUUGUAUUUAUUUCAUUUUUACGGACUCUUUAACUUUAAAUUACAUUUCUGUAUUAGUUCGUGCACGGUAAUUAGUUCUUACAAAGGAAAUGCUUGCGGCUACAUCGUGCUCAUUAGCAUUGGCUUGGAUCGAUCUUGCCGUUCAUCUCUACACUUUUUCUAAGUUGUACCAAAAAUGUUCAUACGGGUUAUGGCUCUUAGCAAGCUUUUAUUGUGACUCAUCUGCUAUGUGUGGUAAAGGUUUGUUUCAAUUUACGUGUGAAUUAUUAGUACCUACGUUUAUUUGGCUGCUUUGUGCUGUUGCUGCCUUGUGAGCAGCUUUUGGUUUUGUGCUGCAAGGAACGACAUUUUAAUUAGACUUCUUAGCAAAUAUUCGUGCAAAAAGUGAACUUUAAAGGGAUUGUUGUUCUUGUUUUAGUCAAGUGUGGACUUGCCUCAUGACUUUUUUUUACAAAUAACUUUGUUGUGAUGGGAUGUCUCUUUAGGUACUGUAAUUUACAAAAAGAAAUAAUAUUGUUGGAUUUUACAUUAACUUUGUUUUGGUUCUAUUAAUUAGCUUUAAUGACGACUUUCUCAAAGUAUUUCGUUGUUGUUGGUUGAGGUCUAUUUUGAUGCUUGCUUAUAUGUCCUAAACACAAUAAUAACACUUGUAGAAUAAUAGUUUUGAUGGUGGCACGGUAUACUAGAUUGUUGGCGCGUUUCAGCCAGCAAGUAGUUCGCAAAUUAAGUUUUCCGCAUGUUACGAGUGAGUAGUUUUGAAGCGAUCUUCUCCAUGUCUUAGGUAUUUCUUAUUACGUCUCUGGCGCAGCGUUUUGAACCAUUCCUUGCCUAUUACACCCGUGCGUUUAUGGGACGUUACUCGGCAUUCCUUGCUAAUUAUUGUGCUUAGUCGUUUUUCUUCACACUAUAACCUCGAUUGUCUUCAUCCAUUAAUCAUUCAGCCUUCACCAAUGCUUUAAUUCUACCCUGUUAGACGCUAGAUUUUAUCGAUAUUUUCUUCCAUGGAUGAGUUUUUUGCUUGACAUUUUACUGGGGCAUUCGUAUCAAGAUCGCCUCUCACCGUGUGAUAUGACGUUAGUUGGAGCUGUAACAUACGCAUGAUGUGAAGGAACAUGGCGCAUCAAUUUGACGUUUUCGUGGGUGUACGUUAAUGCGCAUCGUAUCCGUGUGUUUUAAAGCGUUGAUGGCUGCUACUGUGUGUGUCGGUAUCAUGCUCAGCGGAGCGUACCAUGCAAAUUGUGUGAUAUUUACCCCCAGUUCAUCACUACCAAUCAAAAUAGACUAAGCUCAGUCAUGCUUGCUCUCUCCACUUCUAGUUGGUUGGCAUUCAAUGUUACGCUCACCAAGAGUAGAACAGUAUAAUGAUACCUUGGCUUUCCCAGUACAGUAUCGUGCAGAACAGUAUGGUAGAUCAGUAUUAGUGGAACAUUCAAAGAAAAUGUUUAAGUCGCAACGAUAAUUGAGCCACCAUCUUCUUCAAAUUUUAAUGUGAAUUAUUAUUCUCAAGUGUUGAAUCACUUGAAAGAAUGAAACUCGCCUCGAUCUUUUUCUUCUAUUGCGUAUAACAGGACUGGUUGUGUAACUUCUAGUAUAGCCUAGAAUUUUUCUCCCAUUUCAGAUGAUAAAGGCUAAAUCCUACCUUUCCUGAUUUUGAUCAUUUUUUUUAUCUUUUACUUGAGAGUGCAGACGAAAAGCGCCACGCAGCUCGGUUAAGAACUUACACCCCAGACUGGAUUGAAACACGCCACCUAUUCUCUGUUGUGUAAACUUAUGAGGAUUACUAUAUUUCUUUGUCAGGGUUGCAUGCAGCGACGAUAGUUUCCGUCCAGCAUUUGUUGACUUAUGAAGAGCGAGGGCCGCCUCCACGCUUGUGUUAUUACACGACGCCUUACGUCCCUGCUCGCUCCCAUCAACCAUACCCAACUUGAAUCCCAAAUUUUGCGCGCAUGUAAAUUUUGAAUUGUUCUAUGGAUGUUGAUUAAUGUUUGCCGUGAUCUUCCAGCUUAAUGAACGGCGUUUUGUCCCCGUGCAUGAGGUUCAUCCAAUUAAAUGUUUGGAAAAUAACUCCCGACCCUAACUUGGUACUGGAAUCGGUUCCUAUAUUUCAUUGUCGUGAAACCUUUUGGCUGCUACCACUCUGCUGCAUAUCAUCCAAAUUCCACAAUUCUCUUGCUCUCUUGUCGACAAAGUGUUAGUAAGUCAUCUUGCACAAAUCAAAAGCUGGCAAUUACGACCGAGAAAUUUCCAGUUCUCUUUAAUGGCUGAGUUCGUCUUAACUAUUUGUAUGUGAAGUGCAUUUGUGUUGUUAUGGACUGCACACAUUCGCUUUUCUUUCUUGAUCUCGCAUGUAACUAACUGCCUUUAUGUGAUUUGACAUGGUAAUGUACACUACACAAGACUGCGCAAUGCUUUUUCAUCAUAAAGCGUUUAAAUUUACUGAAUUGAACAAACUUGUAGAUUGAACUCUUAACAUCAUUUGGAGGCAAGCUCAAAAGUUGUGGAUUGGCCAGUGCAGCUCCAGAGAUUGAGAUGAAGUCUUUAUAAUUGAAUUACUUGAGCGUCACUGAGGUGAAGUCUUGCAUGCAUGGGCUGUAGUUGUGUCUGUGCUUGAGCCAUUUUAUGUCUUCCUCUUGUACCCUGAAUUGAUACCGAUCAUUUUAGUGAUGAUCAUGGUGAUAGUGGUGAUCAUUGAGGCGUUGUUUCACACUCCUGUCUUCAAUCUAACAAGAAAAUGAUAAAAAAAAGCUUUUUCGUGGGUGUAGCGUGAGAAUACCGCGUUCUGAACACAGCUGGAGCGGCACAUCCCAAGUGCAUUGCUCGCGCUGUCGUGUUGAGUGCAGCAGUGUUGUAUUUCUACCUCUUAGAACCCUAGCGUUACUGUUCUGAUCGUGCUCAAACCUCUGUGAGUGAUGCAUUUUUUAGCGCGCUCUGCUGCACUGCGAUUGCUAUAUCCCUAGCUACAAUAAUACAAUUCUAAUUUUAAGAAGUUUAGGAUCGAACCAAGUCUUCGCGCCCGAAGGCCCACACCAAAUACUUGUAGUGCUCUUAACUCUAGACUAGCGAUAUAAUGUUGUUUGAUGUCAUCCAUUCAAUUCUUAGUCCACCUCCUCCUUGUCCUCCUUAUAAACUAACUCUAUUGGAGUUUAUCGAGUUUAUCUCUCUAUUGUGUGUCCGCUUAUAUGCUAUAGCCUUCAAGAAAUACUUUCAAACACUCCCAUACGCUAGAGUUCUCUACGCCUCUUCUUACCUUAGUAUGGAUAUUAGAUACGAACCGCUUCUGCCAUGCACUAGACUUUUGAAACUUUCUUUGUCAUGCCUUUUGGUCUUCUUACUCUUGUCUUAUGGAUGAUCAUUUGUGUGUAGAAAAAUCUUCUCUACAUUAGACUAGAAACGUCUUGCUGGAAGUGUUUCACCUAAGCUUCUAACUGUGCGGCUCGAAACUCCUUGAAUUUUCCUUGGUUUUUAUUAAUACCAAAUUAUCUAAUCAUUAGGUUAGAAUGUAACUUCGGUGCAAAAUUGAAGUCGCACUUGCUACGCUUUCAGUUCCAGCUUCCAAUAUGCUGAUUUCUUUGUUCGCUGUCCAAGUGUUGGUUUCCGUAUUCUGAAUUUGUCGUGUACUUUUGUAUUCAAAAGGGUGCACCCUGCCGCUCAUGUUCAUGUUCAAAAGAUCUAUGUGUAACAUUUGAACGUAAAGACGAGAAUACUUUGAGGACUUGAGGAUUGCUGCUUGGUAUAAAUUUCGCGCUAUUUGUGUCGUAUAUAUUGUGUCAAGGAGUUUCGAGGCUGUUAUUCCUUGUAUGUUUUGUAAGACCAUGUGCCUAUCUACGUCUGUGUUAGUAGAUGACGACUAAACGCCUCCUCUGAUCGCAACGCCGUCUUAAUUAGCACUCAUUCCAUGCCACGAGUGCAGCUUCGCCUCCAUUGCACCCAAUCAAUCUUUACCUAACUUGUGAAAUAUUUUCUUCAACCGUCCUAGGUCUAUAUGCUGUUCAAUUGAUCAUGCACUUAUCAAUCCAAUAUAAAAUUUGUCAAAAUUUAACGCAAAGUAUCUCUCAUUCCGAUAAUUUUAGAAGCUAUUGAAUUAUAAUAUUCCAUAAAGUCUAACUCACCUUUUAACAAAUGCUGUAAGUCAGCCAUUCAGUCUGCAGUUACGACGCCGUGGCGGUUCUUUUGUAUUUGCUCCUACGAAUAAUGUAAGUAGACCAGUUCCUGUAACAAAAAUAAUAAACUUUCCCGAGACCUGAAAAAAAUGCUUAUUCUCCGAUCAUUACACAAAUUUUUGAAAAUAUAUCUCUUCCCUCUGCACAAGAUUUGUUGUGUCCACAAAUUGUGAGUUUCAUGCAACUUUAUUCCGCUAUGGCACCAAUUUUCUCUUUCUAACUCUGCAUGGUUCAUUGUGCAUUCUUGGAUCAUUUGAUUCGCAGGAGGAUUUUUAAAACAUUUCUCCAUAAGAUGUUUCAAUGAAAAUUUGCCUUAUUUCCAUACAGUAAUCACGAGUAAUGUAUAAAUACAAAUUACUUAGAAUCAUCUUUAUUAUUGACAUCGUCUGAAUGUAUCAAACUUGAACUGUUUUGUGAAAAAAGCACACCAGAUUACUUCUUGGCUUAACUUCGCGGAGUUCCGUCAUUUUAGACGUUCCUCAUGGAGGCUGCAAGCUGGAUUCGAAGGCGGUGUUUUUCCUGCGUCUCAAAGUUGGCUUUACUUAGUUGUUUUGGUAGAUUUAUACUCGUGUCUGCACAAAGGCGGAUGCAAACUUCAACUGAUACUCCAGGGUAACUCGAUUCAACUGUCUUCUUGCGUGGAGCUUAUGCCUACUGUGAACACGAAAGUUUUUCUGCACAAGUUCAAGCUGGAUUACGACUCGAAGAAUUUACUUCCUGUGAGCAAACUUCAUCAAUCUGCCCUCGACUAAAAACUCUGCUGCAAGUAUAGCCUAUGGUUCACCUCUAUACGAUGGAAUAGAGUACAAUAAAUUGUCAUGAAACUUCUCCCUCUCAUAUAUAGGCUCCGCGGAAAUUUAUGCGACCCGCACUGUAACAUCAACUUCAACCAUAUGAGAGGGCUUUGCGUGCCAUGUCCUUCGUAUCUCUAGUGCUGCAGGUUGUUCUUGGAACUAUUUUUUAUGUACUUCCCUGCAUAAGACAACAUGGUCAACCCCGGCUUGCGAAGCGCGCGUCUUUCACUACUGUUUUUCUUGCCACCUUCAAAGAAGUUAUCCUUGCCAUUUGGUACCCCGGGCACGCGUUGAAGUGUCGUUGCUUGGUGGUGUGCAUUGAUUUAAUGCCCCACUUCUGAUUCCAUCCAUAGUAAGGUAUGUGUAAAUGUUAAUUGCUAUGACAAAGCUUGAAUCGCGCUUGCUGGGACUGUGACAUUUUCUCUCUCUUUGGACUUUUCUAUGCGAGUGGCGUGUAACUUUUCCCGCCACUGUCCGUCAUAACGAUCACCAGAAGACUGGUUGUGUCGAGUUGACAUCUGCAGUCUCGCCUAGUAUUCCUUACCUGCACACUCUCAGCAGCCUUUUGUAGAAUGAUCGUAGGACAUAUUUUUUGUACUAUUUUGAACAACUUAGCUAGUAUGGUUGCUUAUUAAAAUAUGUGUAAUAAAUUCCUGUUGGGCUCUUGAUAUCAUCGGUAAUCUAGUACUAUUUUCUGAUUAUGCUAUUGCGAAGUUGUGAUUUAUUAGGUAGUGAAAUGCUGAAGUUCGUUUGUAUAGGUAUUCUGGAUGCACGUGUUGUGUUUGGUGCAUCGUGACUUCAUCCUGUCUAUUUUUGCGUACCUUUAGAAGAGCAUUACGUACCAACUUUUGUCCUUGAUGUGUAUGAGUGUCAAUGGCAUGCAGGCUGCAGUACAGGCUACACACCAUUGGUUGGUCCUGUUCUUGGCGAGUCUUAUUCGUUAAGUAUAUGUGAGCGACACAACUUUAUGUUAGCAACUUAGUGUUGCCUUUUGCUAGGCGACACCAAAUUGAAGUGUUUGGAUACGCACUAUACCUUCUUGAUCAUAGUUGUCAAGUCGCUGCUUUUGUAGGUACUUUAGUGAAACUCUUUUUACUGGAGAGGUAUAGUUGUGAUUGUGUGUGUUACUCCUUAGCUUCUACUUAGCGUAUUUUUCUUAUUUUGAUAUUAUCUCUUGUGUAUUAUAAUAAACUUAGCGUUCGCUCAAACCUUUCAAAGCUCGCGCCUUGCUGCAUACGCCAGGCAGGCAGAUACUGCCUCCUAAUCAUGUUGCGCCAUCACAGCUCUUUAGGUUUCGUUUUACGUUUUUGUCAAAACACUAACAAAUUUUCGUGGCGUGUGAUUGUUGGUUUGUGGCAAUAAUUCUCUCUAGAUUUUGUGCAGGUUUGAAAAUUGAGUGUUGAGCUUGGUCCUGUGUUAUACAUCUUGGUGACAUGUAAUGUAUAGCCUGCACGUGCUUGAAUUCCUCACGAUAGUGUGCCUCUUAUGUGUAUAAUCUAACAUCUCCGCAUAGUGGAUUCAGCGCUUUAAUGUGUCUUUCUCUAUUCUAAUAUUUUCUUCUUCUUUCAUAUAAGCGAGACAUUUGAUAUUGGUGUAGUUUUUCAUCGCUCAUUACUAUGGUAGUACAGCAAAAUAAAUACGUAACCAUCGUUUUGAUACCUCAGCUAACACUUGAUUUUUUACUACUCAAAUUUAAUGACAUCCUCGAUAUCCCUUAAAUCAUUAUAAUUCACCUUAGAAAGUGCUUAUGUUUUACACUAAUUGAUACAACUUAUACAUUCUUCUGACCGUAAUCUUGUAACUUUUGACUGCUAUCAAUCAAUACUAUCACCCAUUUGUCAGCUAGGAAUUGAUCUUCGUUUGUGAACCUGAGUGGCUGGAUUGUGUUGAUGGAGGAUGACAACUGCAGUAUUAACCUGACUUGCCAACUGUUGAGUGCUAGUGUGAACGUUUCUUUUACUCACUCAUCCCUUCGAGAGGAGGAAACAAUGAGUAUUAUCGUUGGAAAAGCUAGGUCGACUCGUUUAAUUAUCGUGAGGUGCUUAAACCCGAGUAAUUUACACAUACUCAGUACCAUUUCAAUCUCGUUCCAUCAUCCAUUCAAAGUUAACAUAUUCUACUUAUUAGUUAUCAUUGUACUAAACUUGACCUUUAUAUAUCGCAUCUUUUUCCCUCUUGUUCACUUUAGCGCUCCUUCAGACAGUUUAAUUGAAAAUUUUAAACGAAAAUCGUCUUUUUUGGUUUUGCAAGUGAGAACAAGAGCUUUAUUUGCGUAGCAUUCCGGAAGAAGUGGCCUGGUUCGCUUUCAAUAAUGCUCUCAUUUUAGUCUUGGCUGCAUCAGCACUUCCACAAGCCCUAAAAACUUCUUUGAUAUGCCUGACAAUUGUUUACUCGAUGUACAAGUGUAUGUUAAUGUGAGACUGUACUAACGCUCUCAUUACUGUUUAUAUCUCUAGGGCUCAUUUGUAUAUUAAAGCGUACCUACCGAUGCA